GCCAGAGGGAACGGCCCCGGCAGGAGUCGCCUGCAGUGUCCUACCCAACCUGAUCCUUCAGAAUCCCUGCCUCUGGUCUGUAGCUGUAGGUCCGUUCUACUCCACCCCACCAUGGCGAGGGGCUUGGAUCUAGCACCGCCGCUGCUGCUGCUGCUGUUGGUGGUGACCCGCUUUGGCAUGGCCCAGAUCAACUGCACGUGCCCCACCAACAAGAUGACCGUCUGCAACUCAAAUGGCCCAGGUGGAGUCUGCCAAUGUCGGGCAAUAGGCUCACAGGUGUUGAUAGACUGCUCCACGCUAACUUCCAAGUGCCUGCUGCUCAAGGCACGCAUGAGCGCCCAGAAGAGCGGCCGCAGCCUGGUGAAGCCCAGCGAGCACGCGAUCCUGGACAACGAUGGCCUCUACGACCCCGAGUGUGACGACAAGGGCCGCUUCAAGGCGCGCCAGUGCAACCAGACCUCGGUGUGCUGGUGCGUAAACUCGGUGGGCGUGCGCCGCACUGACAAGGGAGACCAGAGCCUGCGCUGCGACGAAGUGGUACGAACCCACCACAUCCUCAUCGAGUUGCGCCACCGCCAGACCGACCGAGCCUUCAACCACUCUGACCUAGACUCCGAGCUGCGGCGGCUCUUCCAGCAACGCUACAAGCUGCACCCCAGCUUCCUGUCCGCGGUGCACUAUGAAGAGCCCACCAUCCAGAUCGAGCUGCGGCAGAACUCAUCGCAGAAGGGCCUGAGAGACGUGGACAUUGCUGACGCCGCCUACUACUUCGAAAGGGACAUCAAAGGCGAGUCACUGUUCGUGGGCCGCCGCGGCCUGGACCUGCAGGUGCGUGGGGAGCCCCUGCAAGUGGAGCGGACGCUCAUCUACUACCUGGACGAGAAGCCCCCCCAGUUCUCCAUGAAACGCCUCACCGCCGGCCUUAUCGCCGUCAUCGCUGUCGUCGCGGUGGCGCUAGUGGCCGGUGUGGUGGUCUUGGUGGUCACCAACCGGAGGAAGUCGGGAAAAUACAAAAAGGUGGAGCUUAAGGAGCUGGGGGAGAUGCGAAGGGAACCUAGUUUGUAGAUUCCCGGGUUUCCUCGGCACCUCAGACCAGAUGGGUUAGCCUGUUGAUUCUUAGCCAGGAGGUAAUUUUCCUCCCAGCUGUGACCUCUUCCUUCUCUCUCCACAAACAAGUUCCCUAGAUGCUGAGCUCAGGUCACCUCCUCGCCUUUGGUUUUCAAGGACGCAUUUCUGAAAUUCCUUGUCCAGUCACUUAGAAACCUGACCCGGAGAGUUAAGCAAAGGCUGGCUAGGUGACUUGGUUAAGAAGCUAGUGCCAAGCAACUCAGGCGUUUCCCAGCGACAUGAAUGGACCCAAAGACUUAAACGGUUUGAAAUGGGAAAGCAGCACUUUCGCUAUCCUGGGUUGUCGGAGAUCCCUCUGCUCCCUGCCUCACAACCUACAGGAAAGGAAGAGCAGUUCACUAAUUGAUCCUGUGCAGUGUUCAUCUGCCAUCGUUUGUAUGGGAAGAACAACAUCCUUUGUAUGGCGUUUCCGACGUCUGAAGUCAUUUUAAAUGUCUUUGUUGGACUGCAUCUAUUUUUCUGCUUGCCCUUGAUGUAGCUGAUACUAGAAAGUUUUCUUUUUUAAAAUGUUUGUACAGAUACGUCUUUGAUAAUGCUGCUGUUUUUUAAAGCAACAAACUACUUAAGUUUAAUAAAAUAUGGGAAAGGCACACCUAAAAAGAUAGGCUGUGUGAAACUUCCCUCCAUAUUUAUAUCAUUUUAUUGCU